UCGUCUCAAAAAACGAGCAAUCUCCCCGCGUUAUUUGCAUUCGAAAGAGCGGAUUCGAAAUUCGCAACGCGCAUCGACUUGUAAACGUGUACACCCGCGAAAUUGAUCAUCAAUUUCGACUUUAGUCGGACAGAGAUACGAGAACGAGAGUAACCUCCACCCUUUCGCAGAUCGUUUUCGUUUCGAGGAAUUACGUGUUGUGCCAACUUCGUAGACGCGAAUUUUUCGUUUCGCAAUCAUCACGUUAUUAAUUUCGCCACGAGGAUUAAUUUCGUCGAAUGCGAUCGUUUGCGGCGCGCGUGCAUAGCGACACCUGUGCGCCUGGUUUGAAUCGAGUAGAACGGAUCGGCUUCGAAAAAGAAUGGAACGGGAGGAAUCGAACGUUGUGUGUUUUCGUCUCGUUUUACGUCGAGGGGUUACAUGUUGCCAUUUUCAUACGGGCGCGUUUUUCGUAACCGUUCGUUUACGAGUUCGAUAACGAUUCAUCACGUAAUUAUCACGUUACGUCACGCUAUUGGACGAGAAUUAAUUUCGUCGAGCGCAAGGGGGGGAACGCAGGAAGUGAAGGAGGAGGAUCUGAUCGAUCCGUAUUGCGUCGAGGAUAAUCCCCAGACCAUCCCUUUCAAGAACGUCACGUCGGCCGCUUUCAAGAUCAAAUACGACAUCGUCAACACACCAUGCGUGAAAUCGCGGCUGUCGGACACGAUCGGCGUAGACCUGUACCUGAAGAAAGAUUUCCUCCAAGUAACCGGAAGCUUCAAGGAGCGCGGGGCGAGGUACGCCCUGAUGAUGCUGACCGACGAACAGAAGAAGCUCGGCGUGGUCUCGGCCUCGUGCGGUAACCACGCCGCAGCAAUCUCUUAUCACGGGUACAAGCUUGGCAUACCGGUGACCGUGGUGAUGCCUGUGAUGGCGCCUGUCAUCAAGAUAAUCGCUUGUCGCCAAUACGGCGCCAACGUGAUCGUCCAUGGCCCCGAUAUGGAAGAGGCGAGGCGUACCGCGCUCAGAACGGGCAAGGAGAAAGGGCUGGUGUACAUAAAUGGGUACGAUCAUCCGGACAUUGUGGCGGGACAAGGAACGCUCGGCCUCGAGAUCGUGGAGCAGGUGCCGAACAUAGACGCUGUGGUGAUCCCGAUCGGGGGCGGUGGUUUGAUCGCGGGCGUAGCUCUUGCGGUGAAAAGCCUUCAUCCCGGUGUAAUGAUCAUCGGCGUCGAGUCGGAAAUGUGUCCGAGUUUCUACAGGGCGAGGAAAGCGGGUCGACCGACGUACACGCCCGUAGGUCCGACACUGGCCGAGGGCCUGGCCGUCCCCGUGGUUGGAUACAACGCUUUUGCGACCGCGAACCCGUUGAUCGACAAAGUGGUGGUCGUGAGGGAAGAUUGGAUCGCAGUCGCGAUCUUGAAACUGCUCGAGGACGACAAGUGUAUCGUCGAGGGCGCCGGUGCUAUUGGAUUGGCCGCCAUCUUGGCUGGUCAGCUGGAAGAAUUGAAAGGAAAAAGAGUGGUGCUGCCUCUGUCCGGCGGAAACAUCGGCACGAUGGUCCUCGUCAGGUGUUUGGAACGGGGGCUGGCGGUGGAAGGGCGGCUUUUGAAGUUCACAGUGACCGUGUCCGAUCGACCGGACGAAAUCGCGGAGCUUUGCAGAACGCUUGCGAGCAUCGGUGUCUCGAUAAAGGACAUCACGUACGAGCGGACUUGGAUCAUGACGGACUUCUUCAGCGUGGACGUGAGAGUGAUCUGCGAGACCAGGAAUCGGGAACACGCGGAACAAUUGAAGAAGAUGCUGUAUCAGAAAUAUCAGAAGAUUACGUUCGCCCCUAGCGACGUGGCCGCUCUGACUUUGCAUUAAGCGUGUUACUCUCUCGGCUCCUGUGAUCAGGACGAGAUUCGAGAAUUGAAUCAUCCCAGAGUCGAUGGAUCGCGAUCGAAGAAAACGAUCUUUCCUUUUCCUUCGAUCGGAUUUUUACUCGAUAUUUCAUUGUAAAAAUACGGAGGUUACUAUUAGAGGGCGUUUGAUUGUUGGGAGCGAUUCGAGAUCGCUUCGAACGUCCCAGAAUCGAUGCAUGCGAUCGAAGAAAACGAUUUUUCCUUCUCUUUCGAUCGGAUAUUUAUAUAUGUAAAAAUUAUGAUUAAGAAAGAGCAGAAAGUUUGAUUUUUGGGAAUAAUUGGAGAUCACUUCGAAUAUCCCAGAAUUGAUAAAUGCAAUCGAAGAAAAGGAUCUUUCUCUUUUCGAUCAGAUAUUUACGUGAUAUUUUAUUAUUAUAUUAUAAAAUACGGAGAUUAAAAGGCACAGCGUUUGAUUAUUGAAAACGAUUCGAUAACGUCCCAAAAUCGAUCGAUUAUUUGUAUAUCCAUAUCCAUAUCGUAAAAUUUAUUAAGCGAGAGCAUAAAGUUCAACUUUUAAAAACAAUUUGAGAUCGCCCUUAAACAGAUGAAUGCGAUCUUUUUUUCGGAUCAGAUAUUUACAUGUAUCAUUAUAAAAAUAUGAAAACUAAGUAAGAA